AUGCAAGGCAAACGGGGUGGUGAUGGCAGCGGUAGGACUACCGGCGCCACGCCCACCGAGCCGCCAGCGGCAGCGGCGAAGGCCCAUGCGUGGAUGGACGCGCUAUGGGAAAUACACUGCGGCACCCCCCUCGCCGGAGCGGUGCGCUACACGGACUCAAUCGUCGAGACCAUGUGGGAGGUGUUUCAGCCGCUCCUGAGCAAACUGGACGUGUACCCGCUCGCCAUUCCCGAGGUGCAGCCGGAGAUGGUGACGGCAUCCACAGCCGCCACGGUGGCCCUCACGGACUUUGUCGUUCUCCGUCUUCUCGACCCUGCAGCGCCUGGCAGGCGCUGCCACAGACACCGCGGUGGUGAUGGCAGGGACGUGGCGGAAGACCCAACAAAUGAGUUUGGCAAUGUGCUGGCACCGGUAAUGCGCACCGCACUGCUCGAACAGCCAUGCAUCGUGCUAGCCCUCGUCGAGUUCUUCGCCGCCGUGUGGCUGUACCAGCACGAAGCGCGACAGCUAAGCUCCUCAAUGAAUGCACAGGGCGACAGGCAAUGCCAAAGCGACGGUGGCACACACCCCACCACGUCUUCCGCAGUCGUGCCAGCGGCAUCGAGAGCACCAGCGCUUCGUCGUGUGUACGCGUCGGUGAGCGGCGAUAUGCGCCACGCAACGCCGUUCGAUCACAUCGGCGCCGCACUGCUUGGGCGAGUGUUGACGAUCAAAGGAACGGUCGUCCGCAUGAGCCCGACGCGCAUCUCGUGUGUGCGUAUGGCGUACCGCUGCGGCCACUGCGGCGUUGUGAAGGAGCAGACGACCGAAGACGGCGUUCUGACCUACCCAGGCCCGUGUGCGAGCGCGCGCUGCCGCGGCUACAAGUGGGCCCCGCUAACGGAUCAGGCGGUGUGCGAGGAAGUGCAGCUGCUCCGGCUGCAAGAGCAUACGACCUUCUUCGACGUGUCCUCGUCGCUGACCUCGCCUAGCGGCGGCAGCGCCGCCACUCAGCAGCACGGCGGGGGCAACGGCAGCCAAUGCAUGGGCAAUGGCGACAUGCAUGUCAUGAUCGAGGUGGAGCUGCGCCCACCGUGGCUCGACGCCGUUACGGUAGGCGACUGCGUCUGCGUGUGCGGCGUGUUAGAGACGCGGCGGGGAGAGGGCAAGCAAAGCGGCGGCAUGCAGCAGGUGUGCCUGCGCGCCAGGUCGGUGAGGAGUCUGCGCAGUCAGGGGACCUUCUCCAGCUCAUCUUCCUUGAGCUGCAUCGCGGCGCUGCAGCACCGCCAACGCGGUGGGGUGCACCUGGCUGCAACUGGGGGUCACCGUGAUGGUCCCUGGCGACCUGCACACGGCGUCGGGGCCGCCACGUUCGCAGACGGCGCGGGCACUGGUGAUUGCCUGCACGGCGACGGUGAAGGGGAGGCGGAAGACGAGCUGAUACUUGGCACUGCCGCACAGCUUGGUAGAGUCAGGCCGACAGUCAUCGCGGCGGAGGCCACCACGUCGGCCAUCCCAACGCUGCUGUCGGGUGCCCGUGCCUCCGCGUUCUCCUCCGGAUUGGACAGCUGGUCUGCCGAGGAGGCAGGGCGCUUUUACGAGGUGGCGCGGCACCCGCAGUGGUUUGCACGGCUGACAGCCUCAGUGGCGCCGUCAAUCUUUGGCAUGGAGCUGGUGAAGCAGGCGCUGCUGCUCUCUAUUGUGGGUGGCAACCGUGACAAGAACGGCGGUGAGACGCGCAGCAGCAUCCAUGUCCUGCUGGUCGGCGAUCCCGGUCUUGGCAAGUCACAGCUGCUUCGGGCAGCCUGCGCAGUGGCGCCACGCAGCGCGUUUGUGUGCGCGCACACUUCGUCAUCUUGCGGCCUCACCAUGACGCUGACACGGGACCCCGUAUCGGGCGAGACGACGUUUGAGGCCGGUGCCGUAGUGCACGGCGAUGGUGGCAUCACGUGUCUCGACGAGAUCGACAAGGGGGUGCAGGAGCACAAAGCGCUGCUGGAGGUUAUGGAACAGGAAACGGUGAGCCUCGCCAAGGCGGGAAUGAUUUUCUCCAUGCCCGUGCGCACCUCCAUACUGGCGGCCGGCAACCCCAUCGGCGGCUGCUUCGACGUGAGCAAGUCCCUCGCCGCCAAUGUCAACCUCUCCCCUGCGCUACUCAGCCGCUUUGACAUUAUCGCGUGCCUGCGCAACUCGCACGGGACCAACGGCAAGGCGCAGCAGGCGCUGACCGAACACGUUCUCCAGUGGCACCGCCGUGGGCCCGCAGGAGGGGACGACGGCGACGGGCAGGGCCGCGGCCACAACGCCUUGGCACGCAGUGGCGGUGCGGGCCCUCUGCCCCUCCCGCUCGUUCAGCGCUUUCUGCUCUUUUGCCGCUCGCAGUGCCAGCCAACGCUCUGCCGUGAGGCAUGCGACGUCCUGCAGGCGCACUACCUUGCGCAGCGUCAGCACCUACCCGAGCCGCAGUACGGAUUCACGCACGGUGUCACGGAUAGCCGCGCUGGUGGGGGUGGUGAGGCAGGUCGCUUCUCAGACUGUGGCAGCGUCUCGGGGUCAUUUUCGACACCCGCCAUGGGGCUUGAGGCCACCGUGACUCCGCGUUACCUGCAGGCGCUCAUUCGGGUCGCCGAGGCACGAGCGAAACUGGAGCUGCGUCACGUGGUCACCCGCGAAGAUGCCGAGUACGCCGUGCAACUGCUACAGUCUUGUCUGCGCUCUUUCGACGGUCUUGCCGCCCCGGGCUCGGCUGCGGUCGGCGCCGCGGCCGGUUCGGCGGAGGCCGGUGCAGGCAAGAAGCUCGCAAAGCUCAGCCUGCGUGAAGCUGUGCUGCAGCGGCUCAAGCUUGCCAUCGUGGAGGAGAAGAACGGUGUAAAUCUGUUUACAGAACAGGCGAUCUUGGACGUGUGCGAGUCAGUCGGCUGCCGCAGCGCCACUGCGAUGCUCCGCCAGCUGAACGAGUACGGCUUUCUGUUGCAGAAGGGUAGUAGUAAGUACUGUCUGCGCGGGUGCUGA